AUGACACAAGCAAAGGCAGUUGGGACUCCAUUAGCACAAAAACAUGGAUUGCAAGAAGCUUUUGGUGAUUUAGUUGAUCCAUCAUUGUAUAGGAGUAUUGUGGGAAGUUUACAGUACUUAACACUCAAUAGACCCGACAUAACACAUGUUGUAAAUCUUGUAAGCCAGUUUAUGCAAACCACAUUUCAUUUGCAAGCUAUUAAGAGAAUUUUACGAUAUGUCAAGGGAUGUCCUUCUACAAGGAGGUCAACCACUGGGUAUAACAUUUACUUAGGAGCAAAUUGCAUUUCGUGGUCCUCAAGGAAACAACAUAAAGUUGCAAGAUCAAGUGCAGAGGCUGAAUACAGAGCCUUAGCAUCCACAGCUGCUGAACUUACUUGGAUAACUUUUGUGCUACGUGAUAUUGGGGUUUGUCUCAAAACAACUCUUAUAUUGUUUUCUGACAACCUUAGUGCACUUUAUAUGACCACAAAUCCAGUUAUGCAUGCUAGAACUAAGCAUGUUGAACUUGAUUAUCAUUUUGUGAGAGAGAAAGUUGCACAAGGACAGCUUCUCACUCAGUUUGUGCGAUCAAGGGAUCAACUCGCAGAUAUUCAUACUAAAGCUCUGGCAAAGGAUCAGUUUACAAUUCUUCGCAGCAAGCUAGGAGUGGUGAAACCACCUCUCACUAGCUUGAGGGGAAGUAUUGGAGAGAAUGGCUAA